UGUGUGUCUAUGGUAGUCGUCUGAAAUCUAAACAUCGACAUUAACCAUGGAAGAUCUUGAAUCUGAAAAUAUACGCGUUAUUAUAAGAAGUUAUGAAUCAAUAUUAAAAGAAAGAUUUAAUGAUGAAGAUUUCCCUACAAUUACGUCACACGAGCAGCUGAAAGUCGAGAGGACGGUGGACCACUGCUACAGCUUGUUCUCCGAGAGGCUCAAGGUCGACUUGGAGGCCCCCACCCUCAACAGAUACAUGCACGAGAUGUACCUGAAGGUGUCCCUGAGCAGCCUGCCCACCUCUCUGCAGUCGUACGACGCCAGCAGACCGUGGCUGUGCUACUGGAUCGUCCACUCGCUGCAGCUGCUGAACCAGCCUCUGAGCCCGGGCGACUCCUCCAUCGUCGCGCAAUUCCUCGCCAGAUGUCAGUCUCCAGAGGGAGGGUUCGGAGGUGGCCCGGGGCAGAUACCCCACCUAGCAUCCACGUACGCUGCUGUGAACGCGCUCUGCUCCUUGAGUACAGAGGAGGCGUUUCGCGUUAUCAACAGAGAGACGCUGGAGAGGUUCCUGUGGUCGGUGCGCCGGCCCGACGGCUCGUUCGCCGUGCACGUGGGCGGGGAGGUGGACCUGCGAGGGGUGUACUGCGCGGCCGCCGUGGCAAAGCUCACCGGCACCUUCUCCGAGGCCCUGUUCGACGGCUCCGCCUACUGGAUCGUGAGGUGCCAGACGUACGAGGGAGGUUUCUCCAGCACCCCCGGCUCGGAGGCCCACGGGGGCUACGUCUUCUGCGGCAUCGCAGCGCUCUUGCUCCUCGAGAAGCAGCACAUGUGCGACUUGAAGGCGCUCCUGCGGUGGCUGGUGAAUCGCCAGAUGCGGUUCGAGGGAGGCUUCCAGGGCCGCACCAACAAGCUGGUCGACAGCUGCUACUCGUUUUGGCAGGGCUGCUCACUGGCUCUCGUCCACCAGAUCCUCGCAAGCGAAGACCCGUUAACGGUGAAUACAGAUCGUUGGCUGUUCCACCAGGAAGCGCUGCAAGAGUACAUCCUCGUGUGCUGCCAGGCUCCGAAGGGUGGCCUUCUGGACAAACCAGACAAGCGCCCUGAUGCCUACCACACGUGUUACUCUCUGAGCGGCUUGUCCUUGGCCCAGCACCCCAAGACGGGAUCCAGCAUUGUGGUCGGGGAACGGAAUGAAUUGGUUCUUAUUCACCCUGUGUUCAACAUCACACAGAAUGCAGCGCUACUCGCUUCUCGAUACUUCUACAACCUCUCGAGCGCCCAGUCUUGAAGUCCGCCACUGGGUCGUGGGACGUGAGAUGUGCCAAGCGAUGGCUUGGCGAAAAGUGCAAGUCGCCCAGUAUUUUCAGUUCUACAAGACGGAGCAGCAGGGUUGGGGUUAAUGUGUGCGCGUGUUAAUUUAGGACCGGGGCGUGGUUGCGGACGGUGGGAAAAACCACAGUUGCACAGUUAUUAUUGGACACUCAUUUCAGUUCGCAGGCUUUGUUUGUAAGAUGAUAAGUAUCUCAUGUAUGAACGGAAACAUUCAUUUUUUGACAUGCAGAUAUCAACUUCGUGGAACUUAAUACCAAGUGCAGGUUAGUGUUUAAAAGAAAUAAUUUAGUCAGAAUUUAUUGAUGCCAUUAUUUUCAGUGACUUGAUAGGUUGGACUGAAAUGAACAUAAUUUGUUUUUACUGAACAUUGUUAUAGAAAUAAGGAAAUAUUAUGGCUUGUUAUGAUUGGUGCUAGAUAUCGAAUUUAACUGUGAGUCAUGCCCUUUCGAGUUUCUAACUUCUAAUUUCUAAACUCAAGUUUUCAGAAGAUGGUAAAUGACUUCUGUAUAAGAACUUUUGUAGAGCUCAUUAACUAUAUUUUAUUCUUCUUCAUAGUUGUACAAUUCGCAAAGGAAAUGGUUAAAAUUUUAUUAUAAUAUGUUACGAAUCCCUUUGGUCAGUUGUUUCUGUGAAAGGGGAAAAAAAUUUUUUAUAAAACAUGAUAUCAUCGCAGUAUUCUAGGAUAUAUCUUCUCUGGGUAUAUUGUGAACAAUAACCAAUGGUAUGGUAUUGGGGAUGAAUGCGUGCUGAUACUAUUUUGCUGCAACACUCGUUUAUAUAUUACAUUGUUGAUGUUAACUAGCUUUUGGGUAUUAUUCUGCUCUGCCCACCUAUUAGUAGUGUAAAACUAAAGUGAAAAAGAGUAAAAUGGUUUUAAGAUAUUUUUGUGCUUAUUGAGUUAAAAUAAUUUUGUGAUUGAUCAAUAUACACCCAUAAUUUGACUUUCUCAAGAUUUCCUGUUUAAUAAGAAUAAGUUUUUAAACCCUGCAAAAAUAUUCUUAACACUGUUUUACUGUUACAUGUAGCCCCCCUCCCCUUUUUUUUUAAACUUAUAUCUAGAUUUGGCCCUUUCCUGGAUUUUGCAUACUUUUUUCUGGUUUCUUGUGAAGUGUAAAAAAGUAAAUGAAAAGUGGGUUUGGCUUUAUUAUUUCUCAAUAAACCAGCCAUGCAGGCAUACCUUAUGAAAUACAUAUGUUACUUCAGAAUGACUUCCAACUUAUACAUCACUCCCAAUAACAUAAAAACUGAUCUCCGAGCGCCCUGAGAGUACUGUAUGAGACUCAGUGUCGCGGCACUGGGCAUUCAGUUGCGGGGAAGCUGUCGAAGGGAGAGGGUGUGUUUCUCGGCUCCUGAUCAGCGGAAGGGUGACAUGCAUAAGAAAAGGACAGUGUCACCCCUGGCGGAGGAAUAGCUAACUGUUUGCAGGCUGGCGGCAGGUAGUCGCACAGACUUGCGGGGAGGGGGAAGACACUCCUUGCUUGGAACCACUUAGUGCCUGGUCUGGCGGCAUGGUUCAGCAUGUGAUGCCAGCUUUACACGUGUUGCAUGCUAUGCAGAUAAUGCCGUAAUUUCACAGCGAAUAAUAUGCCUGCCAUAUAAUAUAUAAUACCUUUCUCGGAUCAUCUUUUUUGAUGCUUCAUCCACAUACAGGCAUAGUAGUGCAUUGUGUGGUAUACAAGCUUAAAAAUAGCUAACGAUAAUACAGCUGUGACACAAAAAUAUUAUCUUUUAGAAUCAAAUGUUACCAAAGCCAUAAAAGAUUUAAUUUUAUGUAUUUGGGCCAAUUUAUUUCUAUCCACCAGUUGACAAAAUAAUUGCCACAUGAGUAAAUCACGUUAUCACUCUCAAAUAUAAAUAUAUUUAUUAGUGUUUUAUUCUUCUCUGUAUCCCAACUUAGAGCUCUGUUGUGUACAUACAAACACAUUUCAGAACCACAUGAUGACUUCCUAUAUUAAUGCAUUAUAUAGUUUUCACCUUACCCACCCUUCUUAUGUUGCAGAGAAAGUGAGAAACAGGUCAUAGAUUUUCAUUAUAAUAUUAAAUUGUAUUAUCAGUUAUAACACCUGUUUCUGUUUAAAAAAAAUUUCAGUAGAUACGCAGAGCAGUGUUUUGAUUCUACAUUAUAGUGGUGUGCUAUAGAAAUAUAUUAAAAAUAAAAAUUGUGUAAUUAAAA